GUUUAGAGACUGUUCACUGUUGUGAGUGUUUUGUUCGCAAAUAAAUGCACGCGCAGGUCUCUAACACUUUUAAUAUACAAUCUGAGUUCAUUGAUUGCUGCAUUGAAGAUCCAAGCUUCGUUGCAGCCUGAGAAAAACAAGCGUCGUGAUUCGGAAGUUACGUGUUCCUGUCGGGGUGCGCUGCGCCAGCCUGCGUGUAAUAUUGUGUGCUCGCUCCCUUUGUGGUCAUUAGUUUUUCUGCACGCAAAGUGUAACAAGCCUAACAAAAUUUUAUAGGAAUCCAGCUCGAAGGCUUGUUUGUAAUGAACCAGAGGCUUUAAAUUUCAAGAGACAACAGGAAUCCAGCUCGAAGGCUUGUUUGUAAUGAACCAGAGGCUUUAAAUUUCAACAGACAACAGGAAGAUGUUUUUAGAAGUUGUUGGUUCCAUUUUGAUCAUAUUAUUUACAUGGUUCCUGAAGACCUGCUACAAUAGACGUGGUAUGCCUCCAGGCCCAUUUCCACUUCCCAUCAUUGGAAAUCUUCUUUUGAUAUUGGACGAUGAUUUUCCGUUCUCAGCCGAAAAGCUUCGUGAGAAAUAUGGAAACACUUUUACACUUGUUCUUCCAACAGAAAAUGUCGUAAUGGUUACCGAUGCAGCAACUGCACGAGAAGCUCUCCUCACAAAAAAGGAUACUUUUCAAGGUCGUCUUGCAGAUGUGGUGUACCCAAUAAACGAAAUAUUACAAGAAAAAGAUCUUGCGACAAGUGAUUGGGAUAAUAAAUUUCGACUUAAGCGUCAAGCAUUUGUAAAGGCUUUGCAUACUUUUGGAGAGGGGAAAAAGAUUGUACAUGAAAAUGUAAACGACCAACUGGAUGAAUUCUCCAAGGCAGUUGAAAGCUUGAACGGGCAGCCUUUUGAUCCUUCAGAUAUUUUGGAGAGUUCUAUAAUCUCUAUACUUUAUCGUUGGAUAACUGGUAAGACAAAUAACAUAGAAGAUGGUACUGUUGGCAAAUUGCGUGCUUUUAACACAGCAUUUUUUUCCUGCUUAUUUUCGGGUCCUUUAUAUCGUCUUAUUCCAGUAUUAAAGCACUUUCCUACUAAACAUAUAAAUAGUAUCAGCAAUUUACAAGAUGAAUUACGAAAACUUUUUAUACCGGCAGCGGAAGAGAAAGCGAAAGCUUUUCAUCUUCGGUCUAGAAAAAAUCCAAAUGAUUUUGACGAGGAAGAAUAUCAAAAUGUCAUGGAAUCUUUAAUGGCUUGGUGCGAACAUCUUAAAGUGGAAACAGACUGCGUUCCCUUUGUAUCGGCCGGUGGUAUGCUAGCCGCAACUGGUGCACUUUCCACGCUUUUUGUUUGGUUCCUUCUAUAUAUGAUACUUGAUCAAGAUUUGCAGAAAAAGCUUCAAGACGAAAUCGAGGAAACCUUGCAGGGGGAUGAACUGCUCCAGUGGAAAGAUAUGUCUAAGCUUCCGUACUUGAAAGCGACUGUUUGCGAAGUGAUGCGACAUUCGUAUUUUGUUCCUCUGUCUCUUCCUCAUAACCCGGUGAAAGAAACACAACUGCAAGGCUAUCGCAUUCCAAAAGAAACAACCAUUUUCUUCAAUUACCACUGCAUUCAUAGAGAUGAAAAUAUUUGGAAGAAUCCUUCAGUGUUCAACCCCGACAGAUUCAUCGAUGAAAAUGGGAAGUUCGUUGGAUGGCGUGUGAAGCCAGGAUUCAUGCCUUUUGGUAUUGGUAGCAGAUCAUGCCCUGGUGAAAAUUUAGCCAGGGCAGAGAUAAUGUUCUUCAUAUCGGGGAUGUUGAAGCGAUAUAAGUUUGAGGUUAAUGAAGAUGAGCCCAUGCCGACGUUGGAACGUGGGGAAGCGGCAGGAAAAUUUCCACCUAAACCGUUCAAAGUGAUUGCUCGAAAGCGUGAAUAAGUUAAGGAAACAUUAAUUAUGUUUGUAUCUUAGUAUAUUUGUCUACAGGGGAUUUAGUUUGUUCUUGUGAAAUUUAUUGUCAGCGGUUUAAGGGUUCGUAAUAUAGUGGGAUACUGAUUAGAUUGAUAGAAAUUAUAGUUGUAAUUAGACAGUCGAAGUGAAUAAAUCGUGCAUGUGAAAAAGGUAAAGUGGUAAUCAUAAUAACAAUCGACAGUUAAAUCAUGUAAGAAAAAGAAAUAAAAACGUGUUAUUGGAUUACGUGCAAUUUUCAAACACUGGAACUAUUGAAAUUUGGCUAAAUUAAUGGGGGGGAGGGCAUCGAGGAGAAGUUGGGGGGCGCGUUAAAUGGGGCAAAUUCAUGCCCCGGUUCACUCAUUUACGAUGUCCGAGGCCAAAAUAAGUCGUUUUAAACGAGUUUUUGUAUUUCUAAAUGUUUUUUCCCUGAAAUAUCAUUUCAGGAUACCUAAGGUAGUAAAACCAGUUCAAAAAAUUACUGUCUUUCCUCAAAAACCGAAAAAGCGACUUAAUAAACGAAUGUAAUUUUUUAAAUACAAAUUUUCGUUGUUGCAACGUGGUUGCUACUAAGGAAGCGUUGAUGUAGGCGCUUAGCUUAGCACCCGGGACAGGAAUUUGCCACCCUCUAUGGCUAAAUUAGAUUAAAACGGCUUCAGACUAUAUGUGCACACGGUAACCGGCGUUUUCGAACGUUUUCAUUUUUCCGGUUUCAAACACCGUUAAUUUACAAUAAGAAUCUGAAGCUAAUUUAGCAUAUUAAGCAUAUUUUCCCUUGAAUCUAUGGUAAACAGGGCGUCAAAACGAAUGUUAAACGAUUAAUUGGACAAAAACGAUUUUGUAAACGCUCAAAAGGCGACGCUCGUGUGCACACAGCCUCACAAAGGCUGAAAGUGGGAGCAAAGGUUUCAGUCUUCUCAAAACUCCGAUCACAUUUUAAGACUUGUUAAUUGUCUUUCGUUAAAUUAAAGCUUUUCGGGGGCGAUAUCGCUUUUGUGGUGUCGUCAUGAUUUAUACCCCGUCUUAUUUGCUGUAGUUUAUUCUUUUCUAUAGCAUCUACUCUUUUUACUUUCCUUAUAUUGUCGUGGGCUUCUAUACUUUAUUUGUUCAGUUAUUUUUAAUUCUUCGCGGA